AUGCAGUCCGGAAAGGCCAAGGCCGAGGUCAUGGGCCGCAAGGCCAAAUUGGCCCAUUCCUAUCAGGAGCUGCUCGACGAAUUCUCAAACAAGGACCUCAAGUCCGUCGGCAACUACACCCUUGGGCGCCUCAUUGGCAAGGGAUCGUUCGGAAAGGUGUACCUAGCCACGCACAAGCUGACCAACGGCUCCAAGGUCGUGCUCAAGUCCGCCAAGAAGGACGACUCGAAUCUGGCCCGCGAGAUCCACCACCAUCGCCAGUUUGUCCACCCACACAUUGCGCGCCUGUACGAGGUCAUUGUCACCGAGUCCAUGGUCUGGCUCGUGCUGGAGUACUGCCAGGGCGACGAGCUCUACAACUACCUCCUGAAACACGGCAAGCUGCCGGUCGACAAGGUGCAGCGCAUCUUCGCGCAGCUCGUGGGCGCCGUGUCCUACGUGCACCUGCAGUCGUGCGUGCACCGCGAUCUCAAGCUGGAAAAUAUCUUGCUGGACAAGCACGAGAACGUCAAGCUCGUCGACUUUGGCUUCACGCGCGAGUACGAGGGAAAGGCCAACUACCUGCAGACCUUUUGCGGCACCAUUUGCUACUCGGCGCCCGAGAUGCUGAAGGGUGAAAAGUACGCCGGCGAAAAGGUCGACGUCUGGAGCCUCGGUGUCAUCCUCUAUGCGCUGCUCUGUGGCGAGCUGCCCUUUGACGACGACGACGACGACGUCACGCGCCGCACCAUCCUCGCCGACGAGCCCCAGUACCCCGACCACGUCCCACCAGAAGCCCUCUCUCUCCUCAAGGCGAUGCUCUCGAAGCGACCACUCCUCCGCCCGACCCUGCCCGACAUCCUCGCCCACCCCUUCCUCGCCGACCACGCCGCCCAGCAGCAGACCAUCCUCGACGUGCCACAGCCGUCGCCCUUUACCACACCCGUCGAGAAGGAGUCGCUGCAGCGCAUGCGCAGCGCCGGCGUCGACAUUGACACUGUCAUUGAGAGCGUGCUCGCCCAGCGCUGCGACGCCCUCGCCGGCUGGUGGACCCUGCUCAUCGAAAAGGAGCAGCGCAAGCUGGUCCGCCGCGAGCGGAAGCGCAAAGAAAAGGAGCUCGAGCACCGCAACUCGCGGCGCCUGUCCACGACGUCCAGCCGCCUCGAGCGGCUCGCCACUGUCGAAGAGGCCGGGUCGAGCUACGUCAAACUCAGCGACCCACCCACCCCCAAGUCGUCGAGGGGCCGUUCACAGCGCCGUAGUUGGCACCAUGACAGCUUGCGCAUCGACGACUUUCCGGGCCUGUCGGAGCUCGGCCGCGUCAACGAAGCUCUGAAAGCCAACAGCGCCGGUGUCGCUGCCGCCUCGGCGACCAACGGCAACUUUAGCAGCAACCGGAACAGCCGCAACAGCCGCAACAGCCGCCCCAGCGGCGAGCACCGGCCACCACCCGUCGACAAGGACUCGCUGCGCUCCGCCAGCUCGUCCCGCCAGCGCCGGCCCAUCCCACCGCCCAAGGAAGGCGUCCUGCGGAGUGCCCGGUCCAGGGGGUCGACGCUGCACCUUGUCACAACAAGCGACGCACUGGCCGCCGCAGGGGCCGCGGGCGUCAAUGGCGUCAAUGGUGUGCACAUUGCCAACGGCGCGUCCGGCGCGGGCGGUGCUGGUGGUGGCAGCAACGGCGCAUCGGGCUUACACAGCAACCAAAAGGUGCGCAAGAAGACGUCCCAGGUCAUCAUCACCCACUGGAAGAACAUGACGCACUGGAUCGCCGAGAACACGCGCCGCACCAAGGGUGCUGGCAAGCGUGGCGGCAGCCACUCGACUCCGAACCUGCUUCCGAAACCACUGAGCAGGAGCGGCGGUGGCGGCGGUACCGGGAGCAGCAAAGACGGCGGUGGAAGCCACGGAAAGGACUCCAAAGCGAGCAGCCCACGCCCUCAAACAAGCAAAUACCCGGCCUCCGGAUCGGGCGGUGCUGGUGGAAGUGGCACUGGCGGCCUCGGCAUUGGUCUCGGCGGCUCUAACACGGCCAGCCUGCCCAAGGGCGUUGUCGCCAAUGGAUUCGCCAAAGCAGCCGGCCAACCUACGGCCGCCGGCCCCAGCAGUGCCAGUGCUGUGACGGGCGGUGCUUCCGGCGGCGGUGCUUUCCGGCUCGACGACCUGGGCACGCCCGCAAGCAUGAGUGGUGGUGGUGGUGGUGGUGGUGGAGCAGUCACCAGCGGCAGCAGCACUGCAAACAGCCCACUGUCGCCCAGCCUGUCCGCCACCACGCCAUCCAACACGAACUACCAGCAAUUCUACUACCAGGUGCAUCCGCAACAGCAACCUCAACAAGGGCAAGCACAACAGCAGCAGCAGCCUGCCUCCGCCCCUCGACUACAAUCAACCAAUUCUUAUAAGCGCCAGUCGCUCUCUCCCUCGCCCCUAACACCUCGAUCGGCCGUUCGCCGCUCCUCUGCGGGCCAUCACGGCCUCCGUGGCCGCAAAUCGACUUCCUCCUCCGUCUCGUCCAUCCGCUCCAUCCACCAACACCAACAUCAUCACUCCCACUCCAAGGCAUCGUCCACCAGCUCCAACGGCUCCGUCUCCACUGCCACGGGCGCGGGCGCCGGCAGCAGUGUCAGCGCCGUCGGCCGCUCACCCCACCACUCCGUCAAGGUGCUUCCCGCCACGCCCACGACAACCUCCUUCCCCAGCAACCUGCGGCUCGUCCGCGGAUCUGUUUUUACGGCGUCGUCGUCGGCGUCUGCUGCUCAUGCUUUCAACGAAGGUAUGCCACUCAGCCGGGCCCCCGGAUCGCCCAACCCUUUUGGUAGCCACUACCAGGCCGGCGGCCUGCACGGUGGCGGCGGCGGCGGAAGUGGCAGUCUCGGUCCCGCCUUUGUGGGCAGCAGCACGCCUGUCAUGUUUGCCAAGCGCAAGCGUAACAUCUUCAAGGGGCCGAUGUUGUCCUUUGGCAACAGCGGCGGCGCCGCCGGAGCCGGCGCCAGCGGUCGCAGCGCCAGCGGAGGUUCGGGUGCCAAGCACUCCCACUCCCGCAGCGCAUCCGCCAGCGGACUCGGCCGGCGAUCCGGCGAAAUCACGAUUGAAGAAGAGGACGAGGAGGAAGAAGAAGAGAUGGAGGACAUGGAAGAGGAGGGAGAAGACAUUGACGACGACGACGAUGCGGCAGCCAACGGGCACGCCGCCAUCAGCCGGUUCCUCAUGGACGGUGGCGACGCUGCGGGCGGGCUCGACGACGUCGAAGAAGUCGACCAGUUCAGCCCCAUCAUCCGACGCCCCGGCGAGUACAUUGAGGAGAUUUACGAGGACGCCGAAGAGGAGGACGACGUGGGCGAGCCGGGCGACGACGUCGGUCCCGGCAGCGACGCCGCGGCAAGGAACGGCAGCCCCAUCAAGACACAUGGAAGCGAGCAGGCCGUCUCAGCCGCGUAA